ACAAGCAAUUUUCUGAUCCAACAUUUAUCCUCGUGCAUCAAAUCUGAACUAUUUGCCUCGCUUUAAUCAACAUGAUUGUGUCCUUCAAGAAGCUGGUCUUCUUACCUUUGUGUCUGGCUCUCGUCAGAGGCCAAUCCAUCGAAGAGGACAUCUUGUAUGAAACCUUCCCAGAGAACUUUCAUUGGGGUGCAGCCACCUCAGCCUAUCAAGUGGAAGGAGCCUGGGAUGUCGAUGGUAAAGGGGUCAGCAUAUGGGACACGUACACUCAUGACGUAGGUCAUGGUCACGUGUUUCAAGACCAAAACGGUGAUAUCGCGAGUGAUAGUUAUCACAAGUACAAGGAGGAUGUCCAACUGGCCAAGGACAUGGGUCUGACCAAUUACCGAUUUUCCAUUGCUUGGACAAGAAUAUUACCUCAAGGCAUCGGGGAGAAGAAUCAGGCCGGGAUUGAUUACUAUAACAACUUGAUUGAUGAGCUCUUGGCCAAUGGGAUUAAGCCUACUGUUACGCUUUAUCAUUGGGAUCUGCCUCAAGCCUUGGAGGAUUUGGGUGGGUGGCUCAGUCCGGAAAUUGCUGAUUGGUUUGAGGAAUACGCUCGAGUGUGCUAUCAAGAAUUUGGAGAUCGGGUCAAGUUCUGGAUCACACUCAACGAACCUCAGGUGAGCGCCAUUAAUGGGUACGAACAGGGGAUCAAUGCACCCGGUAUUCUGGAUCCAGGGAUAUCGCCCUACAUUGCCGGACAUCAUCAAAUCCGCGCUCAUGCUCGGGCUUAUCGUCUUUACUACGACGAAUUCGCAGAUCAAAAGGGCCAAGUUGGCAUUACUCUCAAUAUCCAUCAUGCCCAGCAUCUAACAGAAUCGCCAGAGGAUGUGGAGGCCGUGGAGAGGUGGAAUGAUUUCUUCAUGGGAUGGUUUGCUCAUCCUAUUUUGGUUAAUGGAAACUAUCCUCAAGUCAUGAUCGACAGGAUUGCCCUCCGGAGUAGUGAACAAGGAUUUUUGCAAUCCAGAUUGCCUCAAUUCACCUCAGAAGAGAUGGAGAUGAUUGCAAACACGGCCGAUUUUAUUGGCAUCAACUAUUACACCACCGAGAUCAUUUUCAAUCAGAUUUACAAUGCGUCGGACGUGAGCUAUAACGCUGACAUUGGUGUAGGCACUACCAAAGACCCCACGUGGUAUACUACUGGCUCCAAAUGGUUUCGUGUGGAGCCAACGGGCAUUCGAAAUAUGAUGAAUACGAUUCGACGGAAAUAUGGUGACUAUCCGAUUUAUAUUACCGAAAAUGGCAUGAGCGAUCAUCUUGGGAAUUUGGAUGAUUUGACACGUAUUUACUACUACAAGCAUUACAUCAAUCAGCUCCUAAAAGCUAUCCGAUGGGAUGGGGUGAACGUUCGGGGCUAUUAUGCAUGGUGUUUCUUGGAUAAUUUCGAGUGGGGAGCUGGACAUAGUCAAAGGUUUGGACUUCACUAUGUGGAUUUCAACGAUACGGAACGACCAAGGACUCCCAAGGCCUCGUCCAAGUACCUAACCCAACUAUAUCAUCAAAAUGGAUUUGUCCAGAAUGAUGAAGAUCCUUGCUUGAAUAUGGAGAUUUGAUCCGCUUGUUUCACAAAUUUUAAAGAUUCAUCAAGUUAUCAAAUAGUAAGACCAAAGUAAUAUCACUUCAA